AUGGCGCUGGCUCGCAACGCCACGUCACCUGGUAAACGAGCACCCACGCAAUUCAACGACCACGCCGAUGCGCCCACGAACCAGGCGAAGCGAACGACGGUGAGAUGGGGCAAGCAGGUGAUGCAAACGACGACGACGACGACCUCGUCGUCGUCUAUUUUAUACCAAACAGCCCAAAUGCCACGUCGUCGUCAACGAUGUGGCAACCAGACAGUGAACCAUGAGCAACACCCUAGGUGCCACGCCGCCCGCAGCGACGUGGCAACCAAACGGCGAAUGAUGCCUGUCGUCAUUCGCCGUUGUUCUCCAUUUCAUUGA